AUGACGUCAAAUAUCACCAACACCUCUUGGGUGACGUCAAUGAACACCGAUUUGUCAGAUUUCACAACGGCUACCGAUGCUCAAGAUGAAAGGGUGGAUUCACGCACAGACUAUAACGGAACGGAUUUCGACGGAUGGCCUUAUUUUCACAUAGAGGGCCUUGAAUACUGGGUCAUUGUUGUGAUUAUCGUUAUUUUCGGCUUAAUUGGCAACGCAUUUUCCUUUCUUCUGAUGAGCGACGGCCAAUUUUCUCUCCUGUCCUACCCAGUUUAUUUAAAAGCACUAGCUGUAUCGGACAGCGUUCAACUGAUUACAAAGCUUGUUGAGGAGACCCAAAUGGAAUUUGGUUUCAACGAAUUCAGUAACUUCAGUGACGUCGUCUGCAAGUUGUGGCAAUACGUCCGAUACAGCACCUUGAUGCUGUCGCCAUGGUUGGUGGUUGGACUCAGCCUUGACCGGCUCGUCUGCGUGCUGUUCCCGAUGACACGUGACCGGUUCUGCACCAAGAAGAAGGCUUUGGUCGUCUGCUCCUGCCUCGCUCUGGUGUUCGCGGUGAUCAUGAUCCCAGUUCUGACUAGUCUUAGAGUGGUGGGUGGUCUGUGCGGGGGACGUCAGGUGUCAGAUGCGCUGCUCGCUCUGUUCAUCGUCAUCCGCUUGAUUCUGUCGUCGACUCUCCCCUGCCUGCUCAUCUUCAUCCUCAACGUCGCCAUUAUCGUCCGGAUUCGACUAAGCGCCACCUUUCGGAAGACUUUUACAUCGACAUCCGCAUCAAGUUCCGCUCGUAGCAACAUGGACAGCUCGACGCGCCCUCUAGUGAUGGUUUCGGUCAUCGCGUUCCUCACUCUCCUGCCCUUCUCCAUCACAGAAUGCGUUCAGAUUCUGCUCAGCUUGACCCUGAUUGAUAUAAAAACUUUGCUUCUCACCGUGGAAAUGUGGCCGCUCUUUCAUCUCAUACAAAUGCUCAACUUCGGACUGAAUUUCUACAUCCUCGUCAGCAGCUCGGCCACCUACCGAAAUAUUAUCGCCGCUAAAGUGAAAUGCUCGGAUCGCCGACCGAAAGCGCCGCGGUUUCGACGGAACCCGAAGACAUCUUCGCAAAUGUCGGCUACCACUACGUCAUCUAUUAACGUAGCCACUGCUGAGAUAGAAAACUGA